AUGCGGCCGCAGUUGUUUCGUGCGGCCGCCCGGGCUGUCCGGGUCCCAAAAGUCAACUACCUUAGAUCCUUUGCGACGACAACCCAUCGCCUCGCCGAAGUAGAACUCACAAUUGAUGGCAAAAAGGUCUCAGUAGAAGCCGGGUCAGCUCUUAUUCAAGCUUGCGAGAAAGCGGGCGCGACAAUCCCAAGAUACUGCUACCACGAAAAGCUUAUGAUUGCAGGAAAUUGUCGUAUGUGUCUAGUUGAAGUUGAACGUGCACCGAAACCAGUGGCAUCGUGCGCUUGGCCCGUACAGCCGGGAAUGAACGUCAAGACCAACUCACCGCUUGUCCACAAGGCGAGGGAGGGCGUUAUGGAAUUUCUCCUCGCUAAUCACCCCCUUGAUUGCCCCAUCUGUGACCAGGGCGGCGAAUGUGAUCUUCAAGAUCAGUCAAUGCGUUAUGGUGCCGAUCGUGGGCGCUUCCAUGAGGUUGGUGGCAAGCGAGCGGUGGAAGAUAAGAACAUCGGACCUUUGGUCAAGACGUCUAUGAAUAGGUGUAUUCAUUGUACCCGCUGCGUUCGAUUCAUGAAUGAUGUUGCCGGAGCCCCAGAACUUGGAACUGCCGGCAGAGGAAACGAUAUGCAGAUCGGCACCUACCUGGAGAAAAACCUCGAGUCCGAGCUCUCCGGCAAUGUUAUUGAUCUCUGUCCCGUCGGCGCGCUCACUUCAAAGCCUUAUGCUUUCCGUGCUCGUCCAUGGGAAUUGAAACACACCGAAUCUAUUGAUAUCCAUGAUGCUUUGGGCUCCAAUAUCCGGAUCGAUAGCAGAGGUAUGGAGGUCAUGCGGAUCAUUCCGAGACUCAACGAUGACAUUAAUGAGGAAUGGAUUAACGAUAAAUCACGGUUUGCGUGCGACGGCUUGAAAACCCAGAGGCUUACAACGCCUCUUAUCCGCAGGGAAGGAAAAUUCGUUCCCGCGACAUGGGAACAAGCACUGACGGAAAUCUCCUCUGCUCGCCAGAAACUCCAGCUCAAGGAGAAUGAGUUCAAGGCUGUUGCUGGACACCUAGUAGACGCUGAAUCGCUCGUUGCCAUGAAAGAUCUAUCUAACAAGCUUGGUUCUGAUAACCUUGCUUUGGACCAGCCAGGUGGCAGCUCACCCAUUGCUCACGGUAUUGACGUUCGUUCGAGCUAUCUCUUUAACUCGAAGAUCUACGGUAUUGAAGAGGCCGAUGCCAUUCUGUUGGUCGCCACAAACCCUCGCCACGAAGCUUCGGUCCUUAACGCACGCAUCCGCAAACAGUAUCUGCGCUCUGAUCUUGAGAUCGGGCUUGUUGGUGAAAAGUUUGAGAGUACCUUCGACUUUGAGCAUUUUGGCUCCGAUGUUUCCGCUCUAAAAACGGCGCUUGCAGGGAAAUUCGGUGAAAAGCUUGCCUCCGCCAAACGCCCCAUGAUCAUUGUUGGUAGCGCUGCAGCAGAACACGCUGACGCCAAAGCGGUUUUUGAGACAGUCGGCAGCUUUGUAGAGAAGCAUUCGAGUACAUUCAACACUCCCGAGUGGCAGGGGUACAAUGUUCUCCAGCGCGCUGCAUCUCGUGCUGCUGCCUACGAAGUUGGCUUCUCCACGCCAUCUCCGGAAGUUGCUCAGACCAAACCGAAGAUGGUUUGGCUCCUCGGAGCUGAUGAAGUCGGUCAGAAUGAGAUCCCGAACGAUGCUUUUGUCAUUUACCAGGGACAUCAUGGCGAUCGUGGUGCUCAACUUGCCGAUGUUGUCCUUCCAGGUGCUGCCUUUACAGAGAAGUCCGGCACAUAUAUCAAUACUGAGGGGCGUGUACAAGUUACUCGUGCGGCCACCUCGUUGCCUGGUGCUGCACGCGAUGACUGGAAGAUUAUCCGUGCCACCAGUGAGUUCCUUGAUGUGCCUCUUCCGUACGAUGACAUUGAAGCACUCCGCGACCGUAUGGAAGAGAUUAGCCCUGUGAUGCGCCGAUACGACGUCAUUGAGCCAACUUCUCUGGGUUUGUUGAGCAAGAUUCAAUUGGUCGAACAGAACAAGGGCACCCAGCCAACCCUGGCGCCUUUCAAGAAGGUUAUCGAUGACUUCUAUUUUACCGACUCAAUCUCUCGGAGCUCGCCAACGAUGGCCCGAUGCUCAGCAGCUAAGGCCACAGGAAACCCAGAGACGAACUUUAUGGCUGCUGGUGAAAUGUCACCCCAGGCUUUGUACGGCUAA